UCCAAAAGGAGAUUAUUAAUAAGCACAAUGACCUUAGGAGGAGGACAAAUCCCAAUGCUCGCAACAUGCUUAAAAUGAGAUGGAAUGCUGAGGCUGCAAAGAAUGCUGAAAAAUGGGCACAGCAAUGCAUCCUGUCUCACAGCCCUCCAAGCCAACGAAAAAUUAGUUUUGCUGGCUGCGGGGAGAAUAUAUUCAUGUCCACUCACCCCAAAUCAUGGUCAGAUGCAAUUCAAUAUUUAUACGAUGAAGUUAAAGACUUUAAAUAUGGUUUUGGAAGUACUCGAUCAGAUGCUAAAACUGGACAUUACACCCAGCUUGUUUGGGCCACUUCCCACCAACUUGGCUGUGCAUUAGCCCACUGUCCUCAUGAGAUCUUAAAGUAUUACUAUGUCUGCCAAUAUUGCCCCAGUGGAAACAUUGUGAACAUCAUGAAGACCCCAUAUAAAAAAGGAAAGCCAUGUGGAGACUGCCCUCAUCAUUGUGAUAAUGGGCUUUGCACCAAUCCCUGCAUGUAUGUGGAUAAGUACUCAAAUUGUGCUGAAUUGGUCAAACUACAAAAGUGUGAGGGAAAAAUCAUGAAAGAAAACUGCCAAGCUACCUGCAAAUGCCCUUCAGAAAUAAAAUAA